ACUAGCCGUGUGUUGUGUUUCGCUUGUAGAGGGAUUUCUCCUCAUUUCUGUGUCACGCAUCUUGUGUUUUAGAGGUUUGAGAAGUUACAUUCAGAGGAAAGGAGGAUCGUAAACUAAAGGAGCGAAAACACGGAGAUCAGAAAUGAAACUCGCCCGGGAGGAGCCCGCGGAAGACGGGCAGGUUGAUGCUGCCUGUUUCCUCCUCCUGUACAGCCAGCUGUGAGGGGCUCUGCAGUGGAGAUGCCUCGAAUAAAGAGCCUUCAUCCUGAUGACCACACACGGUUCAGGUCUGAGUCGGCAAAAGUCAGGAGAGAUCUUGAUGUUCAGCAGAUGUUGCAGAUUGAAAAUGAAGUUCCCAGCAUCCCUAAUCUGGACCAGCAGGACUCAGACCUCCUUCACAUAAAGAAGGAACAGGAGGAGCUCUUGAUGACUCAGGAGGCAGAGCAGCUAAAUGGGUUAGGGGACACUGAAAUUACCAAGGUCCCAAUCACUGCUGUGAAGAGUGAGGGUGCUGAAGAGAAACCUCUGUUCUCACAACUUCAUCAGGGACCAGCUGAAGCCAGCAAAGAGGCAGAGCCUCGAAACAGCAGCUCAGCCAAACAGAUAAAAACAGAAACUGUUGGAGGACCAGAAUCAACCAGGUACCCAGAUGUUUACAGUCAUCUACAUCCAAGUACUGAUGGAAAGCCUUUAGACUCUUAUGAGACUGAAGUUUGCAUUGAUGAUGGUUGGCAGGAGGAUUUAUCCAAUUCUGGACCUGAAGACAGUGACACUGUAGAUUCACAGAUGACAGAAAACACAGAAGAGAAACCAUUCAGCUGUGAUUUCUGUGGACAGAAAUUUAAGAGAGACUCAAAUCUUAAGACGCACAUUAGAGUUCACACAGGAGAGAAACCAUUUAGUUGUAAGAUUUGUGAACAAAGUUUUAGAAAUCAGUAUAAUCUAAACAGACACAUGAGAGUCCACACAGGAGAGCAACCGUUUGGCUGUGAUGUUUGUAAUAAAAGAUUUUCCCAUCCAGGGUCUCUGAAGAGACACCAGAAUGUGCACACGGGAGAGAAACCGUUCAGCUGUAGCAUUUGCAAUAAGAAAUUUAGACAGAGGAUUCAUUUCAAGAGACAUAUGAGAGUCCAUACAGGAGAGAAACCAUUUGGUUGUGAUGUUUGUUGUAAGAGAUUUAACUGUAAGAGAAAUCUGAAGACACACAUGAGAGUCCACACAGGAGAGAGACCGUUCGGCUGUGAUGUUUGUAAAAAAAGCUUUUCACAGCCAGGAAUUUUAAAGAGACACAUGAGCGUUCACACAGGAAAUAAGAGUCUUCAGCCAGAUCAAACCAGAGAUCUCCGAUUGGCUGGUGCCAUAACUGCAUGGCCCACAUCACAGCUGGUUCAGACACAAGACACAAGAGAUCUAGCUACAGCGGCAACACCUGGACAUCUUGCAGAUGUCCAGGUGUUGCAGAUUGAAGGAGAGGUUUCCUGCAGCCCUAGUCAUGACCAACAGGAUCCAGACAUCCUCUGUAUUAAAGAGGAACAGGAGGAACUGCUGAAUAGGCAGGAAGAGGCUGACAUCACCAAGGUCCUAAUCACAGCUGUUCCUGUGAAAACUGAAGGCGAUGAAGAGAAGUCACAGUCCUCAGAACUUCAUCAGAGAUUAUCUGAAAACAACACAGAGGGAGAGCCUCCAACCAGUAGCUCAGCAAAACAGAUAAAAACAGAAACUGAUAACUGUGGAUUACCAGAAGCAGCUAAGAACCUGGAUUUAAAUAUUAAUUUACAACCAAAAACUGAUGGAAUAGUUUUAGAGUCCUAUGAGACCGAUGUCAGUAUUGAUGGUGACGAAUGGCAGGUGCCUUUGUCAGAUUGUGGAUGUGGGACUGAAAACAAUGAGAAGGGUUUAAAGAAGAAGAAAUCACUUGAGUCAGUAGUAAAAGGCAAUGUGGACCGUAAAACCGCCAAAAAGAAAUUUACCUGCUCUGAGUGUGAUAAACAGUUUGUUUACAAGCAGUCUCUUCAGAGGCAUGUGGCACGCCGUUCAGCAAAAAAGGCUUCGAACUGUUUGGUUAAUAGUGCGUGUUUUAGAGGAAAGCAAAAAGCUGCAUCACAGGCCAGAGAUCAAAGAGAAGCGAACCCACCGAACUGUGAUCUCUGUGGACAAAAAUGUACCAGUAAAAGAAAUCUGAAGGCACACAUGAGAAUCCACACCGGAGAAAAACCAUUUAGUUGUAAUGUUUGCGGAAAAAGCUUUCGACAUCAGUAUACCAUCGAUAGACACAUGCGAAUCCAUACAGGAGAGAAACCCUUUGGUUGCAGUGAUUGUAGUAAACGUUUUGCACAGCUCGGUGAUCUUAACCGGCACAAGGCCGUCCACACUGGUUUGAAACCAUUCAGCUGUAAUGUCUGUGGUAAAAAAUUUAGGCAAAGGAACCAUUUUAAGAGACACAUGAGAGUUCACACAGGAGAAAAACCGUUCAUUUGUGAUGUUUGCGGCAAAAGCUUUAAUUGUAAUAGAAAUCUUAGGACGCACAUCAGAAUCCACACAGGAGAGAAACCAUAUAGCUGUGAUGUUUGUGGUAAACGAUUUUCAGAGCAAGCUAUUUUAAAGAGACAUGCAAGCAUCCACACAGGAGAGAGGCCGUUUGUUUGUGAUAAGUGUAAUAAAACAUUUAAGUGUAAGAGAAAUCUUACAGCACACAUGAGAGUCCACACAGGAGAGAAACCAUUCGGUUGUAAUGUUUGCAGUAAAAGGUUUACACAAUCUGGGAUUUUGAAGAGGCACAUGAGCAUCCACACUGGAGAAAAGAGCGUUCGCCCGGUGGAAGCCACCGCCGUGGGUUCGAAGUCCCCAAAACUGGUACCAGCCACGUCUGAAAUGGUGCAGAUGAAAAGAAGUGUAGAUGUCGAGCACACAGAAGCGGACCAGGAUCCAGAGCCCCUCCGUGUAAAGGAGAAACACAAGGAACUUCUGGCUGGUUGCAAAGACAAGAAGUUAUAUUUGAUGGAGGAGGUUAAAAUCACCAUGUCCCCAAUUACUGCCGUUCCUGUUAAGAGUGAAGAUGAAGAGGAGGAGAAACCCAAGUUCUCACACCUUCAUCAAGACAAUGUUGACACAAAGCCUCCACCCAGUGUCCCAGCUGAACAGAAAACAGAUGGGGAGGACUGUGGGGGACCAGAACCAGGCAAAAACACAGAUCUCAACAGUCAUUUACAGCCACAUAAUGCUGGAACUGUCAGUAUUGAUGAUAAAUAUGAAGAUGAUGAUGAUGUUGGUGACUGGCAGGAACCGGUGUCAGAUUCUGAACCUGAAACCAAAGGAAAUGGUUAGCAGGAGAUCAGGGCUCCUGAGUCUGGGAUGUAACACUGCCCGAAAAAUCCUUUUCCUGCUCUCAAGUUUGCUCAACUCAAGAUGACAAGUCAUUUAGGUGAAAGGGCUUCAAGCUGUUUAGUUUAUGUGGAUGAGAGUUUAACCAAAAUACAAAUUUUAAAGCACACCAAGAACCAAAAGCACUCAAAUGGUAGUGCUUGCAGUAAAAGAUUUGCACAGGAGGAGAUUCAGUGUGUUAUAGAAAGUCAUUAAUGUCAGUAAUAAUGAAUUUUUAUGUUAGCACACAACUUGCAUCUAAAUUAUUUUUCUUUCUUUUUUUUAUCUUAAGUUGUUAUUGUGUCCAAAUUUUCUUUCACCAUGAGUUCAAAAACACUCUCACACUUACCACUAGAGCCACCAAAUAGGGUUUAUUUUGAUCCUUUGGUAUUUUAAAAAUCGUGUAGGCACGGUGAAGCAGGUACCAGUUCAAUCUGCCUCCUCCCCACUAUGGUUCUAGUGUUAAUCACAUCAUAUAAUUUCAUGACAUUAUUUGGAACUAGUCUUAAAUAUGCAAUAUUACACUAAUUCUGCCGAGGGAACCAGUUUGGAAAUGCUUAAGUAUAAUCUUCUUUCAGUGGUUUUCAGAAAACUGACCAUCUCUCGUUCUUGGAUGUUCUGGAAGCAGAUCAUCUUUCUGUCAUUGAAAAUGAAAGGAGGAAGAAAAGACUCAGUUUAAUUUUUAGCUACAUGAUUGUCUUUUAAAUUGCAACUUUUGGAGGAAGUUUGAAUGUUCACAAAAUAAUAAAAUGAUCUCAACUGUUCGUAUUUGUCCUGAUCAGUUAUGAACUUGGACCAUUAAACCAGUUCUGGUCUGACAGUGUUACAGGUUUACUUACUGCUACGUGGGCAGUUGAUGUUUUAGUUGCCAGUGUCUGUUUCUUCAUGAGGUGUGUUAGGACCUUUGCUCACCUGCUGCAACCUGAGACCAAAGUUAGAGAACUAACGUUUCCUCAAGGUCAAAGGUUAAUUAUAUCAUACUGUGAAGGACAUGGAUGUAA